CUACAUUUACGUCACUUUUGACUUUUCACGUAUUUACUGACAUUUAAAUUCAUCGAUUAUUGUUUCACGAAAAUACUUUGAGACCUUGUUGUGAUCAAAACAUAAUAAACAGUUUGACUAAUAAGUGAAUGUUUUAGAUCCAAUAUUAAAAAAAUGGCUAAUAAAGAUGACGAUGAAACAUUUCGAGAGGACGAUAUUUAUAUAAAUCCGGAGGACGGUAUGCCUAACAUACAUCCAAAUAUAGCUGAUUUGGAGCAAGAAUCUGACUCACAAGAGGAGAAAAAAGAUUUUGAUGACUUGCCUCAGUCCAUAAUUGUGACAAAUAUCCACAGUGACGUUUUUGCUGACGAAAAGCUAAAGAAGGAAUUAGAAGAUCUUUUUCGUACAUUUUCGAAUAAUGUAACAUUUCAGUGGCUGCGGAGUUUCAGACGAUUGCGUGUUAAUUACGAUAGCCCGCUCUCCGCGGUGAGUGCCCGCGUCCAGUUUCAUCAAUACCAAUUCUACAAUUCGUGUAUUAAUUGUUAUUUCGCGCAACCGGUUACACCGAUUUCUUUAAAGAACUUAAAACCCCCGGCACCAGUAAAACAAUUCCUUAUAUCACCUCCUGCAAGUCCACCGGUGGGUUGGGAACCUCGAGAAGAAGGUGAGCCAAUUGUGAACUCUGACUUGCUGGCAGCUUUAGCCACUUUAGCACCAGGCGAAAGUCAUGAGCUUCAUGCGCCUACGCCCACCCAGCCAGCUAUUAUUGUACACACUGCUCUAUCCACAACAGACCCAAACGCUUCCCCUAUUGGGAAAUCCAUACCCCAUACUAGGUGCCCAGAUUAUUAAAAUUCCGCAUCACCAUAUGUAAGAUAUUUAUUAUUAGACUGGUUUUGUGAAUGCUUUUUAUCACACCAUAUGUCAAUUCAUAUAUAAAUGAAGCCGAAGAAUACAUUGUUAGAAUAAAUUUUUAUUGUACACCAAUCGCAGGCUGAUAAAUUGUAAAUUUAGUGGAUUAUAUCAAUUUAUACAUUUUCUGUUUUUUGUCUUAAAAUAUGCUUAUUAAUUCUUUGCAUAUAUUUUUGAUAUGAACAUGGUGCUAUUUUGCAAUAUUUUUGUAUUUGUCAUGAUUUUAUUUUAAGAUUAAUUUAGAAAUUUAAUUCGUGUGUACUAAAACAUUUAUAUAUUCAUUAUAAUAAUUUAUUUUAAUUUAGUUUUUUGUACAGGGUUGCCUAUUUUGAUUCAAUAAUAUGAAGCUAUGACCGGGUGUGUAAAGAAUGCAUUACAAUCUUACCUAAUAUAUUAAUUUCUUUUUAUGAAUCGAAUUGUCUGUCUGUUUAUGUAUUAAUUUUUUAUAGUUAUAAAAUUAGAUUAUCACACUAUCAAAUGAGUAAUUUUUGCAUUAUGUUCCUUGUUUGACUUCAAUGUGUGUAUUUCUUGUGUAUGUAACUUAUUUUUUUUAUUUGCUCAAUUUCGUUUCCUAUCUUAGGGUAAUUAUUUUUCAAAACUAGAACAUUGAAUUGAUAACUAAGAAUUGUUUCAACUUUUUACAUAUUAAGCUGCAUAACAUUUCACUUAAUGCAAUAUCGCAAACAUUAUUUGACUCGGAAUAUUAUUAUAGAUAUUUAAAUUAAAUCAGUGGAUAUAUUUCGAUUCUUAGCGAUAACUUCAAGUUUCCAUGGCUUUGUUGUUAACAAAUAUUUUGCCCUGUAAUCUUAGCAUAUAUUAAAGGUAUGUAUUUAUUCUAAAUGUGAUUGAAAUAAAAACAUCAUUAUUAUAAUUUUUCAUUGAAGGAUAUUCACAUGAUAUAUGUUAACUAAUCUUAAGAUAAUUUAAAAAUCUACCAGAUACUUUGUGUUGCCAGUGUUAAAUAUAUGUGCUUAUAAACCAAAGGGAAUCUUACAAAAGUAUUUAAAAUUCUUGAUGUUUUUUAAUAGAUGUAACAUAUUUUAAGAUAAGAAACAGCUUGAUAAAUAGUUCAUAUGUAGUUAUUUACUGUGUUAUUUUAUAAUGCCUCGAAAUCUGUUGAUUUAGCUUUAGAAAUACAAGAUGAUCUGCUAUGAUUGUAGAAUGAUUAUCAAUGUGAUAAUUCAACUUAUUACUUUUUGAAUUUGCUUGUAAAUUUUGUCAACUAUAUAAUCCCUCGCUAAUACCAGGGUUUGGCUUUUUGGAAAAUUAUGUGAACUAGUUACUAGUUAUAUAAAACUAAAGCCGAGAACUUGUACGUUCUUAUUGAAAUAUCAUAUUAUAUUUGUUAGAGAUUCAUAUUUUUGGAAGUAUAUAGAUAUUUGUCAUUAUUCAGUUUAAUAAUAUAAUUGUAGAUUAAAAAAUUUUGCUUCAAUACACCCUUAAAAUUAAAUUCAUUCCUUAUACCAUGAUUAUAAAAUUCAAACAUGUUGUAGUCAAGUCCUUAAUUCACUAGUUGUUCAUUGAAAAUUAAUAUUUAUUAGGAUGGAUUAAAGUUACAAAAUGCCUGUUGUUCUGACUGUUCUAUGAUCAAAUUGUUUGUUUUUUUUUUAUAUCAGCUUUUAUAAAUAGAACUUUGUUUUAAAAGUGCCAAUAGUGAGUGUGUGCUGUUUUAUAGAUAUUCUAUUAAAAUAUCAAACAAAAUUUAUAAUUGUUCAUGUAUUUAAUAAAAUAAGUAAUUAUUAAUAACUUAUGGAUUAUUAAAUCUUACACUAGUGUAACUCUAUUGUCGUUUUAAUCUCACUGUGAUUUCAAUAUUUAUUGUUUGGUGUAAAUAUUAAAUAAAUUAUGUUGAGUUUUU